AUGUCUAAAUCUCCUAAGGAGAUAAAGCAGUUCUUAGGAGCAUUAGGAUAUUACCGAAAAUUCAUCCCAGAUUUUGCAAAAAUAACAAAACCAUUAACACAAUGUCUAAGAAAAGGUAAAAAUAUCACUUUUGACCCCGAUUAUGUUAACAGUUUUGAGAAGUGUAAAACUCUUUUGACGAAUGAUCCAAUCCUUAAAUACCCGGAAUUUAGUAAGGAAUUUAUCCUUACUACCGAUGCGUCGAACUUUGCCAUCGGUGCUGUUUUGUCUCAAGGGCCGAUAGGCUCGGAUAAACCCGUCUCAUAUGCCUCGCGUACAGUUAAUGAUAGUGAACAAAAUUACAGCACCAUCGAGAAAGAGCUCCUGGCAAUAGUAUGGGCCACUAAAUAUUUUAGACCCUACCUAUUCGACUGGACAUUAAAAAUACUUACCGACCACAAACCUUUACAGUGGAUUAUGAGUUUAAAGGAACCGAACUCUCGCCUUACUUGA